CCAAGGCAGCAGCUGAGAAUACGGUUGGGUUCUUGUGUUCCAUUAAGAUUACGACUCGUCCUCUUGGUAGGCCACAGAAGCACCAGAGUCGCCGUGGCAAGUGAAACGACCGCGUUGCUGCGCGAGACACGGUUAACUGUCAGGGCACGCGCGCUUAAGAGAUGGUGACUGAAAUCGGGCCGGGGAGGAGAUGAUAACCCUCCCCUCCCAGCUUGACAGGCCCAAGCCAGGCGGGCGCCAUGCUAGAAGCCAAAAUGGCUGCCCCGGGGAAAGCAGCCCAACCCGAGCAGCCGUGAGGGAACGUGCGGAGUGACGCCCGCCACGCCGGACCCACCGAAUACAGGCCUGUCCUUGCUUAUAGAAGAUACCUUCUACCACCAACAACUUGAGAGAGCUACUCGCAGCACCAAACAAAGAUAAAAAGCCAGAAAUUAGCUCCUACAACAAAUGCCAGUGCCAAUUCUGCCCCAUACCUACUUGAGCAACACUAUAAGCAAGUUUUGACCAUCUAGGCUCAAAAGAACAGACUAUGAAACAUGAUCAAGUUUUUUCUUAUGGUGAACAAACAAGGGCAAACAAGACUUUCCCGUUAUUAUGAAUACAUGGACCUUCAUAAACGGACAGUACUAGAAACUGAAGUCAUCAAGCAUUGCCUUUCCCGUUCAAAGGAACAAUGUUCCUUCAUUGAGUACAAAGAUUUUAAGCUGGUGUACAGGCAAUAUGCUGCUCUUUUCAUAGUUGUUGGGAUUAAUGAAACUGAGAAUGAGAUGGCCGUCUAUGAACUGAUUCAUAAUUUUGUGGAGGUUUUGGACAAGUAUUUCAGCAGAGUGAGUGAAUUAGAUGUAUCCUUUUCAGUUCCACCAAUCUGUUUGCUGUUCUUCAUGUUCCUGUCUCUCCCAGGUUGCUUGGCAUAAAAAUGAAUCAAAAUAUUGCCAUAGUUGGAUUAAACUGUGUUCAGCAGAGGUAGGUCAGCCAGAAUAUAAAGAAUGGUGAUUUGAAAUAUAUGAAUAGUGAUAGUGUGGUGGUAAGUUGUUAAAGACUGCAUAUAUUUCACACAAAGGAGAUGGUGAUAUGAUGAUAGAUGCUGAAACAUGGGGACUUUUUGCUUUUCUUUUUUGUCUAAAGGUAGAUAGUUACACCUUGCUAUACCUGCUGCAUGCAUAACCUUCAUUGGCUUUCAGUACAUGAACACAGUAGCUGGGAUAGAAUUUGUUGCUGGGCAAGAGCUCUGUCCUUGAAGCAACCUAGCUUUGAGCAUUAACUACUACCACUGAAACGGCUGUCUCCGUGAUUGCUACCUGCCUUCCAAUGGUGGGGACACGCGAAGAAGGGUCUCGUAUGGUGAUCGCAGCACUUUGGAUGAACAGAUACAGGAGAAGAUGAGAGAUACAGAUUUAAUGCAGUCUGCUUGCCCAUUAUAGCUGUUCAUCUUAGUCUGAAAGACCAUCUCCUCCUGCAUGAACCUGCCUAUGCAUAUCAUUUAGCAUCUGAUAGGCAUAUCUGUACUUCAUGCUUAUUGAUUCUGCUGGCAUAAUGUAGUAACAUGCUUUUCUUGUUGUGAGAGAUGUCUUUUUUCAUGCUUUCAGUGUCAGAGGUGUCAUGGGUGGGCAUGGCCCCUGUGAUCCAGCCCUGCUUAUUUAGGAAAAUGCAACCUAACUAGCCAUGUAAUAUGUGGAGAGGGCAAAAGGGGAGUGGAUCCAAAGACAUGCCUCUGGGCUGCAAGGAACCCUACUCCAGCCCUGGAACUGGUAUAUUACUUUUCCCUGUAGCUGCCCUGGCACCUUCUACACUAACCAGCAAAAGCCUGGCAGGGCUCAGGCUAUGGCAGUUUCCCAAAACAGAUUCUCCCCCCCCCCCGGAUUGGAGAUAGGAUAACAUUUAAAGUGGAUGGCCCUUAGAAACAUACAUGGUGAUGGAAGCUAAACAGUUAAAGAGUGACAGUAGCAACACUCUCAUAAUUAUAUCCUAAAUAGUUUUAUGGUUAGCAAAGCAAAUUUUGCAAUGAAAGGAAGGCUCCAUUACAUUUGGAGCUUAUUAAAGCUACCUCUUAAUUAAGAAUACAAAUGACACAAAAUGUUUCUAAUACUGUUCUUGCAACAAAAUGAAAAAACAACAACACAUAUACCCUUGUUGAAAUGGCUAGGAUUUAAGCAUGCCCCUGCCCCACCAUAAACUAGUAUGUGAAGUUUUACUCCUUAACACGUUGGUAUAUUUGACAAGUCCCAGCUAUAUGGAUGGAGAAGUGGGUGGAAUUGUAUUAAGUUCUUUAAAACAACUGCAGUAGGUGCUGAUAUCUGGGAGAGAUGAGUCAUAAAAAAAAAUUAGAAAAGCAACUUACAGAAGUUGAAAGUUAUCACAGCAGAGUUUGGUGUGGCAAAACUCUGAUCUAGAGUGGGAGUAGAUUUUUUUUUUAAAUGCCUGCAUUUCUGUGUUAGAAAUGAGAAGAAUUUUCCACUUGAAAGUAAAACAUAGAUGCCCUGAUCCAGAAAGCAUGGAUUGCUGCACUCCUAUGUUGCACUCCUAUGCACAUUUAUUUGAUCCACCCCCUGAGGCCCUUUUGGUAGUCUCAGGAUGGGCACAUUACUUGUGCAGGAACCUUCUCCCAGACUGACAUUGGACCAGCAAGUGGGCAUUCCUAUGGAGGGAUUGUUGUUUCAACACAGCAGGACUUAGUUCUAAGUAAAGAAGAGUAGUAUUGCACUGUAUAUUAUAUAAAAGCAUGUAAGAAAAGCAUAUCCAUUUUCAGGGGAAGUUAUUGAGUAUGGAUAAACAUGAACCUCUCUCUUCUGCGUGGGGGGGGGUCCUCCCCAUUGCAGCAUUACGCUUAGGAAGAGAACCACUUUCUGCUCUUCAGAGAUCACACUCAAAAGAGCAGAGACAGCUUUUCUCUUCCCUAUCAUAGUGAUGGGCUGGGAGGGAAGGAAUCUCUCGCUUCCUAGUGCUAUGAUGGGGAGGAAAAGCACUCUCUCUGCUUUUGACAGAAUGAGGAACCUCCCAUCCUAGUGCUGAGACUGGGAGGAAAGCCCUCUGCUUAUCUCGCAAAGGUGCCUUUCGCUCAUGUAUGCCACGCAGGGAGGACAGAGCACUUCUGUCAUGCCUGGUGGAAAACUAGCAGAGGGAGUCAGAGGAGGAGGACUGGGAUCCUGGGGAGGGGCCUGCUGGUCUGCAAAGGGAGGGGGUGAAACUGGAGAAGACUUGCAUAGUCUGCCCAGCAGCAGCCCUGCCCGCGAAGCACAAGCUGCUGUAGAUGAGACUAACUGAAGAUGAACUUUCCAUCACCACGCCCUCUAUCUCGGCCUCACCUCCUGGGUCGCCCCCUGUUCCACCCCUAGUAUCGGAGGAGUCAAAGAUGCAAGCUGAGGAAGAGCCUGGGGAAGAACUAGCUGAGAGGUCUCCUCUGCCAUCACCAAGGAUGCCCCACCAUUUGCACAGGCAUGAACAGACUGAGCCCACUCUCCAGCCCCUCUAUGGAAGUGCCAACGUGCUGGUCUAGUGUCGGUCCAGGAGACAGUUCCUAUGCAAGUAAUGUCUACUGAAAGGGCCUGAGGAGGUGGAUCCAAUUGUUGCGACAUCGUCACUUUGUGUAGCCUUGCCUAGAAAUGGCUUGCAGGAAAUCAGAAACCUGUGUAACCUGUAGUCUGAUCUGUGUACCACUCUAGAGUUAAGUUCCUCAUUAAAGGUAACAGAAAAAACCAUGUCAGUGAUCCUGAUUCUGAUUCUGAAGGGGUUAGCCAGGAGAACAAAUACUUCCUAUUUACUGAGCACUAAGACCUCUUAGCAGUGAUAGUGCAUAAAAGGGGAAAGAAGUGCCCUGCAAUUGAAGAGAUGUCACCAGUUUUGCCACUGAUCUUGCUGGGGGGACCGGAUCUGGGCCACAGGUUUGCCACCCUGAGCUAAAGACUCUAAAAUGUAUGGCCACCUGUCAGUUGUGGUCCAUAAAAAUCUAUGCACUAAAACCUAUGGAAAAAAGAUAUAUUUACUGGAACCAACUUUUGUUGCUUCAAUCCAAGCAUUAUAUCACAUCAAUGCACAGUUAUAAUACUUCUAGUAAAGCUCAUUGACGCACAGAUAUUUAAGAGGCAUAGGGGAAUUCAAGAAAAAUAUAUUUAGUGACAUAAAUAGCUAUGUCAGUCAUUGGGCCAAGGAAUGUUUCAUCAGGAGGUGACACAUCUGGCUGUAUGAUAUAUUAGAAAAUACUAGGCAGUUGUAUAAAUCAUCAUUUGAAAAUGGAUAUAUAACCAAAUUAUAUUUGAGUCUUUUGUUUAAAUAAAAUCUCUUUCAUAGAGUGCUCAAGCCCCCUACUUCAAAGUCCACCAGUUGAAGGCUUCCUCUCUUUGAAGAGCUGUUCAGUCCAGGUUCUGUUUCAAGAUGGAAAAACCCAAGGAAGGAGAGCAGAGGGUUUGAAGUUGGCCAUAAACAGUGUGCACUUGUACAGCAUAAGUUACCAACCUACUCCUUCAAUGGAAAAAAUAAUGGUGUGUGUCUAGUAACUCUAUCACCCAGUCUUAGUUAGCAAGGAUGACCCAGAUUCAAAUUCCUGCUCAGCAUAAAAUUUACAGGGUGAUCCUAAGCCAAUCACUUUCUCUCAGCCUAAUCUACCUGACAGGAUUGUUGUGAGGAUAAAGUUUAUUUAUUUUUUAUUUAUUUAACAAAAUGUGUUAAAGAAAUGAAAGAUUUCGUUCAAACAAAAGGCUUACAUAUAAUUUGGCUAUAUAUCCACUUACCACAGGUUAUUUAUAUGUAACAAAAUGGGAAGGGGGAAGAUCACGUACACCACCCUGAGCUUUUUGGAGAAGGAAUGGGACAACAGUGUUAAUGGAUAUAUAAUUAUAUUUUUAGGGAUACAACUUAAUCUGAAGUCAGUGGGAUUUAAAAUCCCAGGGGUGAUAAAAAUAGGAAUAGACAAUGGUUAAAUUCAGUAAAAGAGAAAGCAAAUCAGACUCCUGUAACUUCAGGCUGUUUUGGUGAUCCUGUUGGUGGGGCAGGGGGAGACUUACCUGUAAUUCUUACUUCCCUGUUACUCUGAAUGGUACAAUGCAAUUUCACCCAUAUAUUUCACAUGGAUGCUCUUCAGAUAAUAUUUGUUUGUCAUAAAAAAAUAAACAAUCCAAGGUAUGGAGUGGGCCAGCCAAGGAUCCACUGGAUCCUAAAUCAGUCCAGCUACUGGCAAUGUGCCCAAUCUGGGUCUCUCCAUUACGCCAUCCUGGAGAUGGUACAGGGAAAAUUGUCAAAUUACUGUCCACCCCAUCACCUGACCUGGCCAGCAUGAGUGGCUGGGCUUUGGAGAUGGUGAUGGUACUGCCACUUUGUUAAGCCCAACUGAGUUGGGAGUGAAGAAUUGCAACCUAAGGUUCCCCUCUAUAAAAAGUCAUAAUAUCUAUUUUUAUUGGCUUCCCAAAGAGAUUAGCAAACAUUAGUGCUGUACAGGUGCUAUAUAGAGCUAGUUAUUCUUUCUUCUAUGUAUGGCUGUAGUAUAAUCCUCAUGUAAAAAUCUCUGGUUUAUUCUCUGUGAAUGUUUUACUGCAUAAUAAAAUUCUGCAUCCCCCCCCCAAAAUAAAACAGCAAAACCAU